AUGCCGGAUUUCGAAAUAUUCCAUUCAAUUCAAACCAACAUUUUUGAGUUCCAUCAGAAAUCCGAAGCAAUACUCGAGCUCUGGUGGAUCUUUUGCAAGAUCACGUCUCAGUUGGUUGUAGUAAGCUCUAUGCAUCGUUUCUCUGGAAAAUUAGAGCAAUUAUUAUAUGAAUUCCGAUUAGAACAGCAUACCGCAUGCAUUGUUGAAUCGCAUUUGUCGGCUUAUCAGGUAUCUGGAAAUUCGGAUCGAUGGCAAUCUCGUGAACCAACUCCAUAUUCUCCAACUCAAAAUCUGACUGAUAACAAAACCGGAAAAAGCUGUAACAAAAAGCUGAUAUAUGAGAGAAAAGCGGGGCAAAAUCAGAGGAAUGGCUCAACAUUGAAUUCGACAGCUCCGCAAGGCAAAGUGAGUCCAAACGAGGUGAUGACUUCUGGGUGGAGAGCACCGAUAUGUCCGAGAAGAACUCCUUUCGGUCCGAUGAUCUUCGCACAACGUCCCGGGAACAACAUCACAAGCAUGAAGAAUAUCAUGGCGAGUCGGUGGAACAACUACUUUCAAGGUCUCUUUCGCCACAACCUCCGCUUUCAACGACAUCUUGUUGAGAAGAGUUGCCAUUUCUUCGUCCUUCAAGUUGAUUCCAAUCUUCGUAUUGAUUUCCGGAGUGGUCACAGUCAUCUCACGAUAGGAGAGCAGUGGGUAGAGCUCCUUGACUCCAGUCUCUUCAUAAACAACCUCGACUUGUUCAACCGUGAAUGGCUUGGAACAAUACUGCGAGAAAAGAGUAACAAUUGUGUCGAGGACAACAAAAGCCUUUUGCUUGUCUGUUGCUGUUGCCUCAAUGAAGACGUUCUUCGUCUUCAAAAUGUUCUGGUGGAGUUUGUCUUGAAGAUCGAUGAACGAUGCGUAACUGUCGGCGUCGAACGAGAUAUCGCGAAGCACGGCUCCCACGACAAAUGGUCGGACUUGCGCGGUCUCUUUCUUUACGAUGAUCUUCUGAAGACCGGACUUUGGCGUCUCGGCAAACUUGUAGUGGGGAGAUGGGAUUUCUUGCUUGAAAAUGCGAAUGGCACGAGCCAGUCCCUCCACACUCAACAAAUCAUAACGAUUCGCUGGAAUAUCAAUCUUGUAGACUUCCUGGUCGUUUAA